AGUUUAUGCCAUUCCUGAAGAGACAAUUUGAAAAAAUACAUCAAGACUUUGAUAAAGUAGAUCAUAAAGUAGAAGGAGUACAUCAUGAAGUAAAGAGAACACGACUUCAGAGUGAAAUCUGGCUUAGUGUUCCAGCUACCAAUACAGAAACUGAAAAGGGUGUCCAUGUGAAAAAAUGUGGUACAGAUAUUAAUUUCCCAUUUUCACUGACUGCAAUGACCCAAACAAGACAAACCGGAAAGUUCAAAAGCCCACCUAAUGCUGAGGUCUCUGAAUACAUGUUACAAGAAUACUUUAUUAAUGAAUGCAGAAUAUUACAAAAACUUGAGAAGUCACAACUUGAAGUUCAAGAUUCACAUUCUAUUCCCUUCUGGCUACCCGAAAACCAGACUUUGUAUUUAUUGCAAAAGGAGAUCCUCUAA